AUGGCGACAGCAACUACCCUGCAUGCUGAAGCACAAUGUCUUUCUUCAUUCUGUGCAGGGUUCAAAGACUCGGAGCCUCCAGAGCUGCCGGGCCCAGUGGCUGAAAACGCGUCCCGGCAGCACCGCUACGUCAGUGGGCAGUACUUCUUCGAGUACCUGGUGGUGGUCAGCCUCAAGAAGACCCAAGACGGCAGCAGCUACGAACCACAGAUCACCUACCAGUUCCCCAAGAAAGAUGGGAUGGCUAAAUACCAGAAGGAGGAGGAGGAGAAGACGCUGAAGGCCAUCACUCUCUUCUGUUUCCCAGAGGGCAUCAACUGGGCUCCUCUGACAGAAUACCCCAGUGAGACGUUCUCCUUCGUUCUGACGGAGAUUGACGGCAGCAGGAGGAAUGGAUACUGCAGGAGGUUACUGCCUGGAGGGAGAGGAGCCCGCCCCCCGGAGGCUUACUGCAUCAUCAGCACCCUGGCUUGUUUUGGCCUCUUCUCCAAGGUGCGUUCAAAUGAACAUUUAUAAGCUGGGAAAUCUUUC